UGCUAUAGGAACCCUACAACACAAAGUUGUUAGCCCUUAGAAUAAUCAUUAAAAUACAUCUUAGAGCAAAUGCACUCGUUUCUCGGAUAACUGCCGGGGCUGAAAAUGGAUAAAAACGAACCGAUCGCAGAACGCAUUCCGGAACUGAUCCUGCCAAAUGAUGGGACUUUACUUGAUAAAGUUUCAACUGAGGCCAAUCUGAAAUCAUCAGAGAUUGGGUUUGUGAGGCCAGAUGAAAAGACACUACUUGUCGUUGGGAGUAGAGGAGUUGGCAAAACAACUUUGAUCGUUCAGACUUUUAAUCUUAAUGAAGAGAUAACGCCGACAUUAGCUUUAGAGUACUUCUUCUCAACUCAGAUGACUGAGUAUGAUCAUCAUGUCUGCAAUAUUUGGGAACUGGGAGGUGGUACGACUUUCAGUCCUACUCUUUAUGCAUUGGAAGACAUGCCCAACAUGACGGCAGUUGUGAUGGUCGACCUGUCUUCGCCUUCUACUCUCUUUAACUCUGCGGAAUCGAGCAUUAAAAUAAUAAACGACUUUGCAGAAAAGCGCAACGACGUCGAUGAUUUGAAAAAACAAGCUUUGGACAGAGUCCCCGAUGAACAUCCAGACAAAAAAUACCUAACACCCUGUCCAACUCAGCUUGUAAUAAUUGGAGGGAAGUAUGAUGCAUUUCAGGAAUUUGAUCCUGAGCCAAAACGUAUAAUUUGCUCAUUUUUGAGAUUUUUAGCAAACAAAUAUUAUGCCCAUCUUGUCUUCUACAGUAAUAAGAACAACAAUCUUAUAACUAUCACAAAAAAUGUCUUAAAUCAUUUUGCUUUUGGAAAUGAACUGAGUGGAAAAGUGCAGCUUGAUCACAAUUACCCUCUUAUAGUUCAACCAGGGAAAGAUUCAUUUCAGGCAAUCGAUAGUUCCGAUGGCCCUCCAUAUUCUACAGAAAAGUAUAAAAAACUGUUGGAUGUUCAUUUCUCCCAGGUUCCAGUGAAGGACAAACCAAUUGUAGAAAAUCCGAGGUUUGAUUCCAAUUUCAAAGAGCCGACAAUAGACGCUCUUCGAGUUGAAAAAGACGAGUGCUUGGAAAGACUUUGCCAAGAAUUGGAAAUGGAAAUGAAAGUUAUGGGUAGAGCACAAUAAACAGCAUUAAUGAAAAAGUAGUCUUCAGAAUGUAGCCUUUUACACAUUUUAAGAAUUUUGUAUCUGUCAUUUUUCUAAAUCCAUUAAAGUUUGGUACACUUUGA